AAGCUGUGUUAAAGCGACUCCAGUGGGCGAUGUUGGUUAUUUGUCCCGCACAAACCGCUUAGAAUAAAAACGUUUUUCAGACUGUUGCGGGACGGAAAGCAGCAGUUUGGAGAGUUCACAGUGGUCAUGGCAAAGAAGUCAACUCCAGGCUGGUUUGGAGUUUUUCUCUCUACUGCGACUAUAACGAUUUUUGUUGGGAGUCCGGUCAGCGCCCAGCAUUCCAGGAACCGCUUUCACCGACCUAGCAGGACCUCUGAGCCUCUUGUGAUAGCAGGCCACGUUUCAAGGGUAUACCUGAGCCCGGAUGAGCUCAAACGGCUGCAAUUCAAGCCCACCAUUGGUUCCAUCUUGCUGUCGGAGGGCCGUGAGGUUAAGUUCAACUGUUCUAUCAACAUCCCCAAUGCCAGCCUGGAUCCCACCAUUGUAUGGAUGAAGAACGGCCAGGAACUGCCUGGAAACAUGCAGGCGACGAUCAAUGAGCUCCAGACCAUCACAGAUGGGGUUACGACUCACGUCUCCACUGUCAGUAUCAACCAGGUGCAGAAGGUGCAUGCUGGGGAGUACUGCUGCAGACUGAAUAUCAGCACCAAGAUGGUGGAGUCUGAUCUAAUCGUCAUUGAGGUGGAAGGUCUACCAACAUUUAUUCAGCAACCAGAGGACAGGAACGUAACAAGGGACACACCUUUCACUCUUUCAUGUACGGCGGUGGGACCUCCAGACCCCGUUCAUAUCCGCUGGCUCCGUGAUGGAUUACCUGUUAGUGACUUUCCAAGCUCUCCCAGCAGCUACACUGUGUCAGGUGUGGACAAGUACACUCGGUUCAGCUGUGAAGCUAACAACACGAAGGGUGUCACCACCUCCAGAGAGGCAAAUAUCAACAUCAAAGUGCCUCCCAGUCCUGUGUCUAAUGUUACUGUGAUGGAGAGACAAUCCAGUAAGUUGAUGCUGAGCUGGAUCCCAGGACAUGAUGGCUUCUCUCCACUCACCAAGUGCCACAUCAGGGUGAAAGAGGUGAGUCGUAGAAAAGGACUGGUGACAACCACCAGGUUCAUUAAUGUCACAGUGCCACCAUUCCAGUGUGAAGUCUCUGGGCUGCAGGCCAUGACGUGGUACAACAUGAGUGUUUCCUGCAGUAAUGAAGUGGGCGCCUCUCCUGUCACCAUGUGGAUCCACAGCAACACUACAGAGGGAGUGCCAUCAGUUUAUCCCCGAAAUGUGACUGUACAGCAGAAUGAAUCUUGGCUGAUGAUUAGAUGGAAACCUCCACCAGAUGAUAAGAUAAACGGCAUCUUGCAGGGUUAUGAUAUUAUUGUCAGACAUGGGGCACAAGUGAACAAGUUCCACAGUUCCACCACCAUGGCCUUUGUAGCUGUGCAGGAAUUCAACACCACCUACAGCGUGGAGGUAGCCGCAUGUACACAGGCAGGGAGCGGCAUGGUCAGCCCACCAGUCUGGCUGUUUGUACCAGAGGACAAAUUGGUCCCGUCCCCUUCGUCCAGCCCUGACACCAGGGUCCCAGACUCUGUCUAUAUUGUACUGGGUGUGGUGUGUGGCUUCUGUCUUCUGCUGCUUAUCCUCUGGGGGGCUAUCUGUGUACACAACAGGACUUCUGACUCUUGGUUCGGGUGGUGGUUCGGAGGUGAAGAAAAGCUGCAGCCAAUUGUGCAGUACAAACCCCAGAGAACCUACAAUCGAUCAGCUAUAGGAAUCACACUUGGGAACCUUGGUAUCAGUGAUGAACUCCAGGCUAAACUCCAGGAUGUGAUGGUCAUGAGGAAUUUGCUCUCCAUAGGAAAGAUUCUUGGAGAGGGUGAAUUUGGCUCUGUGGUCGAGGGACAUUUAAGACAACCAGAUGGGACAUCAGAAAAAGUUGCUGUGAAGACAAUGAAAUUGGACAGCUUUUCUCAAAGGGAAAUAGAAGAGUUCCUGAAUGAGGCGGCCUGCAUGAAAGAUUUCAAUCAUCCAAAUGUGAUCAAACUGCUCGGUGUGUGCCUGGAAGUGGGAUCAGAACAUUUUCCCAAGCCCAUGGUUAUCCUUCCUUUCAUGAAAUAUGGAGAUCUGCACAGCUUCCUUCUGCGGUCUCGACUGGGAGAGAGUCCAGUGUUCCUUCCCACUCAGAUACUGCUGAAGUUCAUGGUUGACAUUGCUUUAGGUAUGGAGUAUCUCAGCGGUCGUAACUUUCUGCAUCGUGACCUGGCUGCUCGUAAUUGCAUGCUGCGAGAUGACAUGACAGUGUGUGUAGCAGACUUUGGGCUAUCUAAGAAGAUCUACAGCGGAGAUUAUUACAGGCAGGGCAGAAUAGCCAAAAUGCCAGUAAAAUGGAUCGCAGUAGAGAGUCUAGCGGACAGAGUUUUUACUGUAAAGAGUGAUGUGUGGGCAUUUGGGGUUACUAUGUGGGAGAUUGCUACACGAGGAAUGACGCCGUACCCCGGCGUCCAAAACCAUGAGAUUUAUGACUACCUUCUUGAAGGACACAGACUGAAGCAGCCAACAAACUGUUUGGAUGAACUGUAUGAGAUCAUGUACAGCUGCUGGAGGUCUGAUCCUCUGGACCGACCCUUCUUUCCCCAACUGCGUGGAAUGUUGGAAAAACUCACAGAAAAGCUUCCAGAGUCCUGCAGCAAAGAUGAUAUAAUCUACAUUAACACCAGCUUCCCUGAGGAGGACCCCAAUGGAGAAGCACUGUCCGCAGAACCUCCUAUGUUCAGCUCCUCCCCUUCCUGCAGCCGCCAGGCAGCAGAAAAUUCAAUAGUUACUGCGGACAUUCACGGGAGCCUGGAGGAUGAGGAGGAUGAGGACGAUGAUCGUUAUGUGGUGGUGAUCUCCUCUGAUCCUUCCCUGAGAUCUGCGGCAGUGGACAUUCCUCUUUUGUCGAGCAACGCUUUAAGUCACACAAAUGGAGACGUGGUUACUGAUGUGACAGGGAUGGAUCACAACUCGAGCGACACUUCUCUCCUGCUGUAAAGAUUGGUACCCAACACAUCAAAACUGUAAUAAAAAUGUCAUGCAGUGGUUCAUCAGUACUAAACAUUAUGCCUCGUUGCACUGGGAGCACCUUGACGUUUCCUAAUGUGGACUAUCUGUAGUGCUAUCUUUGUUAUAUAAGCAGUUCACGCUUUACAUGGCCAGCCUACAUGCCAGUGUUAGUAAUGUUGUCUAUGUGUGUCAACAUCAAACAUGUUCACGGACAUGUUCCUAUAAGCUUAAGAUACACUGAACUGUGAAAUUGUUUACUGUGUUGAAUGUUGUGUUGCUAUGUAAAUAUAGAAAUGUACAGAACAUUUAUAAAGUGAUCUUGUAUACUGUAAAGAUAAAUAAUUUAUAAAUGGAUGGGAAAUGCA